UCUAUUCUCACAAUUGCUGCAAUUCCUUUCUAACUCUACUUCUAGACUGUCACGCGCAUAUUGUUGUACAAAGUUUAUAGUUUCUCUUUGUCUUUCUUCCCCACGACGGACCCCUUUUCUGCUAAAGAAUUGUAAACAUCACGACCACCUUUCUUGUAUUACAAGAACAACAACGAGAACUACGUCGUUUAUACUUCUCCUUCUGAACAACUAUAAUAAACAAGUUGUACAAAAACAGCAUACAACAAGACCACAACAAGAGGACAUUUGUCAUCAUCAAAAAGAUGGAGAUCGAAAUGGAUGCACCACCAGAAGACAUGAUGGAUCCUGGUAUGGGCAUGGGUGCUGACAUGGGCAUGGAUAUGAACGACGAGAUGACUAUGAAACCCGAUCAAGGCAGUACUAAUUAUUCGUCGUUUUCUGCGCCACAAGGGCAACAUCUUCAGGAUGGGAUGUUUAUGGUUUUGAUGCUUGUAAUCCUUUUUGUUGGUAGAAGUUACCUUAGAUUUUGUACAGCUACAGUUGAUCAUGUUGUAGCAUGAAAAAAUCUUGUACAAUCUAUACCUACUCGAUCAUGUCAUUGGCUCUUGGACCACGAGAAAGUUUUUAUUGUUGAAGAUUCUCACACCCUCAUGAUGCUGCACCACUUCCUGUCCUGCGCCUGUUCCUCUAUGCUUAAAUAAUCUAGAUCUACGCUUACAGAUAUACCUCUACAACUUGUGGAACAUUCUCCUCUUUCUCUUCCCCUCUCCCCUCUACUUUCAUCUCCUCUCCCGGUGGCCAUCCUGAUGCGCAGUUAGAUGGUGGGCCGCCGCCGCCUUUGCCUCCCAAUAUGGGCGAAAACCCGAUGAUGCACAACAACAUGAUGGUGCCACCAGGUGGGGGGUUACCAGGAGGUCCGCCAGGUGGAGCACCGCCAAAGGGAAUGCCAGGAGUUAUGACUCUUGAGAUCACAGAUUUACUUUCACUUGGGUUGACUAGCCCUAGUAGAGAUAGCAGAUUCACUUGGGUUGAGCACUAGUAGAGAUAGAUUCUGAUUCACUUGGGUUGCGCACUAGUAGAGAUAUUAGAAGUCAUAAUUUGAAAAUUAUUGUCUAGAACAACGUAGUUAUGCGAUGGUGAUCGAAGAUUACGUAAAUCUAUUCCUGAUAUCAUCCUGCUUGUGCACCACCUGUGUUCAUUUGACGUUGACAGACAGAACAAGAACCGUAUUAUAGUUUCUUGCGCGGCUUACCUGCAAGAUAAGUAGUUUAAAUUUGGAAGGGAAAGAAGAGCAACUCCCACAACCAUGCGUCUGUCUCAGUAUUUCACUGACUCAAAAACGUUUGUCUUCUAACCUCCGUCCCAUGAUGGACAUGCCUCCCCUUCCAGUUCCUCCUCCGAUG